AUGACCCGAAUGGGAAAGUACUGCUAUAGCAUCCUACAUUCUUGCAAGGUGAUCACAGACCACCCCGCUAACAACGUCACCGAUUCCAUCUUCCAGAAGAUCGGUAUCAACCUGCACCAACAGCCAGCCCACCCAAUUGGCAUGAUCAAGGCCGCCAUCCACGAUUACUUUGACCGCCAGCAUCCAGGCUCCUUCACCAAGUUUGAUAAUUUGACGCCCGUCGUCAGCGCCAAGGCGAACUUUGACGAGGUGCUGGUGCCAGCGGACCACAUUUCACGCUCUCCUAAUGACACCUACUAUGUGUCUCCUGACACCGUGCUGCGUUGCCACACCUCGGCUCACCAGGCUGAGUUGCUGCGCCAGGGCCACAGAGCUUUUCUAGUCACCGGCGACGUGUACAGGCGUGACAGCAUCGACGCCACGCACUACCCUGUCUUCCACCAGAUGGAGGGUGUCCGGGUGUUCAGCCCGGAGGACUGGCAUGCAGCGGGCAUGGAAGCUACGCAGUUUGCAGAGGGGGAGUUGAAGCGCACACUGGAGGGUCUGGCGCAGCACCUGUUCGGCAAGGUUGAGAUGCGGUGGAUCGAUGCCUACUUCCCAUUCACUGACCCCUCUUUUGAGCUGGAAAUUUUCUUCAAUGGAGAGUGGCUCGAGGUAUUGGGCUGCGGCGUUAUGCAGCAGCAGAUAUUGGAGAAGAACUCGGGGCCUGAUCAAAAGGCGUGGGCGUUUGGGCUAGGCCUGGAGCGACUUGCCAUGGUGCUGUUUGACAUCCCGGACAUCCGGCUAUUCUGGACCUCCGACCAGCGCUUCCUCAAACAGUUCAAGACUGGAGACAUGAGCAUCAAGUUCAAGUCGUACAGCAAGUACCCCCCCUGCUACAAGGACGUGGCCUUCUGGAUCUCCGAUGCCUUCACGGAGAACAACCUGUGCGAGGUGGUGCGCGGCAUUGCGGGCGACCUGGCGGAGGAGGUGAAGCUUAUCGACAACUUCACCCAUCCCAAGACGGGUCGCACCAGCCACUGCUAUCGCAUUGCAUACCGCAGCAUGGACCGGUCGCUGACAGAUGAUGAGGUCAAUGCGUUGCAGGAGGAAGUUCGCAGCACUGUUGCUGACAAGCUGAAGGUGGAGCUGCGCUAGCUAGCCAAGGCCGGCCCCGUUUGUGACAGCCCCAUGUUCUUGAAUU